CCCCGCCCCCGGCCUCUGCAUCAGUCGGGUAUGGGACGGGACAUCCUGUUCUGACUCAAGAAGGAAGCCCCCUUCUUUUGCCUUCCUGACUCACUUCCUCCUUUUGCUGGCCGUCUUGCAGCAUGGCAUGGGCGCUGGGGCCCAACAGACCUGGGCCUGCCCCUGACUCUGCGCCUCAGGAGCUGUCUGACCUGGGCAGGAGGGCUGGCCCCUCUGCGCCUCAGUUUCCCCAUCUGUAAGGUGACGUGGUCGCCCCUGCCUUGGUGGUUGGUGGUAAUGGAUGCACCGCACCUGCCCAGCACCUGGCACCCAGCAGCCCCUGCAGGUGCCAUGACUCAGCAGCCGCGGGAGGGCUUCGCCCGGAGCAUGGGGGACGCCCAGGAGUGGAUGAAGGCUGUGCAGGAGCGGCUGCAGAUCAAUGACAACACCCAGGGGCCCCGCGCAGCCCUGGAGGCCAGGCUGCGGGAGACCGAGAAAAUAUGCCAGCUAGAGCCAGAGGGCCGCAUGAAGGUGGACAUGGUGCUGCAGGCGGCCGAAGCCCUCCUGGCAUGCUGCCAUGAGGACCAGAAGCCCGAGAUCCUGGCCCGGCUGAGGGACGUCAAAGCCCAGUGGGAGGAGACGGUCACCUACAUGACCCACUGUCACAGCCGUAUCGAGUGGGUGUGGCUGCACUGGAGCGAGUACCUGCUGGCCCGGGAUGAGUUCUACCGCUGGUUCCAGAAGAUGACCGUGGUGCUCGAGCCCCCCGUGGAGCUGCAGCCGGGCCUGAAGGAGAAACGCUGGCAGCUGAGCCACGCCCAGGUGCUGCUUCACAACGUGGACAAUCAGGCCGUGCUCCUGGACCGGCUGCUGGAGGAGGCGGCCUCCCUGUUCAGCAGGAUCGGGGACCCCAGCGUGGACGGAGACGCGCAGGAGAAGAUGAAGGCCGAGUACGACGCGGUGAAGACCAAAGCCCAGAACAGAGUGGACCUGCUGGAGCAGGUGACCCAGGAACAUGAGCAUUUCCAGGUGAGCGUGGACGAGUUCCAGCUGUGGCUGAAGGCGGUGGUGGAGCGGGUGCACGGCUGCAUGGGGCGCAAGUGCCAGCUGAGCACCAAGGACCGUCUCUCGGCGCUGCAGGACAUCGCCAGUGACUUUCCCAGGGGUGAGGAGUCUUUGAAGAGGCUGGAGGAGCAGGCCGUGGGGGUCAUCCAGAACACCUCCCCUUUGGGUGCAGAGAAGAUCACCAGAGAACUGGAGGAGAUGCGGAAUGUUCUGGAGAAGCUGCGUGCACUCUGGGAGGAGGAGGAGGGGCGGCUGCAGGGCCUGCUCAGGUCCAGGGGAGCCUAUGAGCAGCAGAGAGGGCAGCUGGAGGCUGAGCUGGCAGAGUUCAGGAAGGGCCUUCAGAGGUUGGCGGAGGACGGCCUGGAACCCGCGGCCAAAGCCGGGACCCAGGACGAGCUGGUGGCCCGCUGGAGGCUCUACUCGGCCACGCGGGCGGCGCUGGCCGCGGAGGAGCCUCGGGUGGACCGGCUGCAGGCCCGGCUGAAGGAGCUCAUCGUGUUCCCCCAGGACCCGCAGCCCCUCGCGGACAGUGUGGUCGCUGCCAUCCAGGAACACCAGAGCAUGAAGGCCAAGAGCAUCCGGCUGCGCAAUGCCGCGGGCCUGGACCUGUGGCAGUGUUUCCAGCGGCCUCUGCAGGAACUGCAGCUGUGGAGGGCUCUGGCCCAGAAGCUCCUGGAUGUCACCGCCAGCCUGCCAGACCUGCCCUCCAUCCACACCUUCCUGCCGCAGAUCGAGGCGGCCCUGGCGGAAAGCUCCCACCUGAAGGAGCAGCUGACGAUGCUGCAGCUGAAGAAAGACCUGCUGGGCGGCAUCUUUGGCCAGGAGAGAGCCACGGCCCUGCUGGAGCAGGUGGCAACUUCCGUGAGGGACAGAGACUUACUGCACAACCGGCUUCUGCAGAGAAAGAGCAAACUGCAGAGCUCACUCGCUCAACACAAAGAUUUCGGAGCGGCUUUUGACCCCCUGCAGAGAAGGCUCUCAGACCUCCAAAUCAGGGUCGAUGCUGAGAAUGGGCUUCAGCGGGACCUUCCUGGGAAACAGGCCCAGCUUUCAAGGUUGCAGGGGCUACAGGAGGAGGGGCUGGACCUGGGGAUGCAGCUGGAGGCCAUGAGGCCUCUCGUCCAGGGGAACUCCCACCACCAGCACAGAAUGGACCAGCUCUCCUCUGACCACCAGACCCUGCACAGGUCUCUGGAGGACCUUGUGGACACGUGCCAGCAGAGCGUGCGGGAACAUUGCACCUUCAGCCACGAGCUUCUGGAGCUGCGACAGUGGAUCUCCGUGCUCACGCAGAAGCUGGAGGCCCACCGCGGGGACAUGGGCCCAUGGGAUGCCCAGUCCCGAGAGGUCGAUGUCGAGAAGCUGCUGGACGAAUUCCCGGGGAAGGAGGCCCAGCUGCCCCUGAUUGAAGCGCGCGGCCGGCUGGUGAUGGAGAAGUCUUCUCCGGAGGGCGCCGCUGUGGUCCAGAAGGAGCUGCAGGAGCUGGUGGAGGCUUGGGGAGCCCUGAGGCUGCUGGGGGGAAGCCUGCUGAGCCUCAUCAGAAACCGGCAGCUGCAGAGGAUGGAAGUGGAUUCGGGGAAGAAAAUGAUUUUCACCAACAACAUCCCAAAGACUGGGUUUCUCAUCACCCCCACGGAUCUUACUUCCCGACACCACCGUCAGACAGAUGUGCUUCAGGAGGAGGGAGGCAGCUGUGAAGAUUUCUCCCAGCUCCUGAGGAACUUUGAGCACUGGUUGCAGGUGGAUAACUCCAAGUUGGUUAGUGUCACCUCCAUGAGAACUGCCGCCGCCAAGGACCUGAGGACCAGAGAGACAAAGCUGCAGGAGCUGGAGGCUCGGGUACCAGAAGGUCAGCAUCUCUUUGAAAACCUCCUUCGUCUCAGGCCAGCAAGGGGGUCCUCAGAUAAGCUGGAGGAUCUGCGCUACCGGUGGAUGCUCUACAAGUCCAAACUAAAGGACUCCAGCCACCUGCUUACGCAGAGUUCUCCAGGGGAGCCGACUGGAUUCCAAAAGGCCCAGCGGUGGCGAGGGCUCGGCUUCCUCUGCCGGAAGGUGUGCUGCGUGGCGCUCCCCCUGCAGCUGCUUCUGCUGCUCUCCCUGCUGCUGCUUUUCCUGCUCCCCGUCAGGGAGGAGGACCGCAGCUGCGCGCUGGCCAACAGCUUCGCCCGCUCCUUCACGCUCGUGCUCCGCCACGAAGGCCCCCCGCCCACCUAGCCCGCUGGCGGCGCUCGGGGGACUUUCUCCUCCAAACUUCCAUGUGCCCCAGGCUCCUCCAGAGGGUGCUGGGGAAACUGGAAACGGGGGCAGGCCAGAGCCCGCCAGGCUGCAUCCAUGUAAAUACUGUAUUGAUGUUCCCAGAACAAAAUUACUUUUUAUACAGUGUUGUCUUCUUAGUCUAUUUAUACUGAACAUGUACUAUGUGAGGCUAGGGAAUAAUGCAUAGCAUUUUUUUAUGCUCUCUAUGUAAAUGCUCAGUAUGUAUGAUUUCAUAUAUGACCUCUCUUUGUCUUUGGGAAAAUUCCCAGCAGUGUUUUUGUCCAGUGGGAUCUUGUGGCGUUUUGGCCUUGGUCUGCAGUCAGCACUGGAGAGCAGGGACAAUACUAGGUCACUUUUAUGGCCACCUCCUAUCCAGAAGCCGAGCCCUACACCCAGAUGUUCAUGAAGGGGUCUCUGAGCUGUCAGCAUAGAAGAACAACACUGGCCCUCAUUCAGAGCCCAGUGACUCUUACUUUAGGUACAAUGAGAACAACCACGCUUGUCUGUUUUUUAGAAUGGCAGCAGAUUGGAUGCUGUGGAUUAGAAGCAGAGAGGGUGCUGGUGCCAGGCAGGCUCAAUGGCAGCAAUGAAAAGUGACAAGUCAUAGAGUGAAAUUAAGGGAGGAAAAGAAGAACUCCAAACAGCAGACCCAGAAGUAAGAAAGCACGGCAGAAUGGGACCUCAGGGAGCCCCAAUAGCCCAGACCAGUGAUGAAGGUCCAUGGCCAGGCCAGUGCGUCUUCAGGGAAUGGUUAGGUCACGCCACGUGUUCUCUGCUCUGUUCAGGGCGAAGUUGAAGGAGAGGAAGCUUAUUGUUAAGCUUUCCACGCAGAAUGAUGGCACACUCUGUGUGUAGCACCCACCUGACGGUGCCAGGGAAGAUGGGUUACCUCCGUUGCUCUUAAGCUGAGUUUUUCAUCAUCUACGACUCAGGCUGAAGGGACAGAGGGGAGCAUCUGCCACGCCAGGGACCAGAGAUCGAGGGUCCAAGGUAGAGAGGGGAGGUCCGCCGUGGAGCUCAGCCUGUCUGAAGGGCUCUCCCUCCUCCUCCCAGAAGGGACUUUGGAGAGAGGUGGGUCCUGGGUCCCACACA